AAGAAAGAAAACAACAACCAAAGAAGGACAAUCGAGAGCCUUAGCUCCACUAAAAUAGUGGGAAAUUAGCCUAAAAUUCAUGAAGAUGGUCAACACACCCACCCCAUUAUCCCUUCAUCUUCAACAUCUGAGUCUUCCACUCCACUGAAAGACCUGGCUCAGAUCCUUUUCUCACAUGCCAUCCACACAGAUACAUAAAUACAUACAUAAUUCUUACUUUACUUUACUUCACCUUCUUGCAUACUGUUUCCUAUAUUUAGUGAAAGAUGCUAGUUUAAAUUAAUGGGUUUGUGUUUUUAAGUAUUCUUGUUGCUUUUUCACUUUAUGUUCCUUAAAAAUACAACCUUUAUUGCUAUCUAUGGAUUUGAAGGUCUUGUCUAUAUAUCAGUUUCUAUCAAAUUACCACUUUUUCAUAGGAUGGUGUUAGGUUGAUUAGUGCCAUGAGGGGUUGUUUAGUGAUGUUAGUGUUUGUGGUGAUGCUUGGGAGAUUGUUAGUUGUGUUUUCGAAGACGGAUACGGUGAACAUUGGGGCUAUUAUGACUGUGAAAACCAUUAAUGGGAGGGUCUCAACCAUUGCCAUGAAGGCAGCUGUGGAUGAUGUUAAUUCUGAUCCCCAUCUUUUGCCCGGAAAAACGUUGAAUCUUUCGAUUCAUGAUGCAAACUUCAGUGGCUUCCUCAGUAUUGUUGGUGCAUUGGAGUACAUGGAGGCUGAUAUAGUGGCUGUCAUUGGUCCGCACAGUUCUGUGAUGGCUCAUGUACUUUCAAAUCUUGCAAAUGAACUUCAUGUCCCGUUUUUAUCCUUCACAGCAUUAGACCCCUCACUUUCGCCUCUUCAAUACCCGUAUUUCAUCCAAACAGCCCCUAAUGAUCUUUAUCAGAUGACCGCCAUUGCUGAAAUGAUAAGUUAUUUCGGUUAUCACGAAGUAACCGCGAUAUAUACAGAUGAUGACCAAUUUAGGAACAGUAUAUACACAUUAGGUGAUGAACUAUCUCAGAAACAGUGUAAGCUUUCUUACAAAGCGCCAUUACCACCCGACGCCUCGCUAACUCCACAAGAUAUUCAUGAUGCAUUAGUCAACGUUCGGUCAAUGGAGUCUCGUGUCGUUGUUUUAAAUACAUACUCUAAAACAGGCCUUAUGGUUUUUGCAACUGCUAAGAGGCUUGGCAUGAUGAAAAAAGGGUAUAUUUGGAUUGCAACCACUUGGUUAUCAACUGUUUUGGAUUCUACCGGUAUUUCUUCUUCAAAUGCAUCGGUUUUACAAGGGGUUCUCACGCUUCGGCCCCACAUACCAGAUUCGGAUAAAAAAAAAGAUUUUGAAAGACGGUGGAAGAUAUUGAGUAACGGUUCAAUCGGGUUGAACCCGUAUGGCUUGUAUGCUUAUGAUACAGUUUGGAUGGUUGCACGUGCCCUUGACAAGUUUUUCAAUGAAGGUGGCAAUAUUUCUUUCUCUAGUGACGCUCGUUUAACUGGCUUAAAGGGAACACAAGGUUUGAAUCUUGGAGCACUUAGUAUUUUCGAUGGAGGAAAACAGUUGCGUGCCAACUUAUUGCAAACAAAUAUGAGUGGUCUAACCGGUCCGGUUGGGUUCAAUCCUGACCAGUCUGUGAUACGUCCUUCUUUUGAUAUAAUCAACAUAGUUGGGAACCAAGGUUUGGCUCUUGGAUACUGGUCGAACUACUCUGGGCUAUCGGUUCAGCCUCCAGAGACUCUUUAUGCAAAACCAUCGAACCGUUCUUCUAAUCAACUGUUAAGAAGGGUUGUAUGGCCUGGGAACACAACAGAAAAGCCUCGUGGAUGGGAAUUUUCAAAUAACGGGAGACCGUUAAGGAUUGGAGUUCCAUUAAGAGUUAGUUUUAAAGAAAUUGUUACACAGGUCAACGGUUCAAAUGAAAUUCAUGGAUUUAGCAUAGAUGUAUUUCUUGCUGCAAUAAAGUUGAUUCCAUAUCCGGUUCCUUAUGAGUUUGUUAAAUUUGGGGAUGGUCACAAGAACCCGAGCUACACCGAGUUCGUGAAUAAAGUUGCAUACAACGUCUUGGAUGCUGCUGUUGGUGAUAUUGCGAUCAUCACUAACCGUACAAAGGUUGUUGACUUCACACAGCCAUAUAUAGAAUCGGGUUUAGUUGUAGUGGUCCCCGUAAAGAAACUAGACUCGAGUGCUUGGGCUUUCUUGCGGCCUUUUACUCCACUAAUGUGGACUGUCACCGCGGUUUUCUUCAUCAUUAUUGGAGUUGUUGUGUGGAUACUUGAACACAGGUUGAACGAUGAAUUUAGGGGCCCACCCAAGCAACAGUUAGUCACCAUCUUGUGGUUUACCUUGUCAACUAUGUUUUUCUCACACAGAGAAAACACGGUGAGCACUCUUGGUCGACUGGUUCUCUUCAUCUGGCUUUUUGUAGUUCUGAUUAUCAACUCAAGUUACACCGCCAGCCUUACGUCCAUUCUAACCGUUCAACAACUUUCAUCUCCGAUCAGAGGAAUCGAUUCAUUGAUCUCGACCAAUGAACGUAUCGGGUUUCAAGUAGGAUCAUUUGCUGAGAAUUAUAUGAUUGAAGAACUCAACAUACCAAAAUCAAGACUUAUGGCUCUUGGUUCCCCACAAGAAUAUGCUGAGAAACUUGGGGCAGGAAUAGUUGCUGCCAUUGUUGAUGAAAGACCUUACAUUGAUCUCUUCCUUUCAAAUAACUGCCAGUUUCAAGUUGUUGGUCAAGAGUUCACUAAAAGCGGUUGGGGAUUUGCAUUCCCUAAGGACUCACCAUUAGCCGUUGACAUGUCAACUGCCAUACUUACAUUAUCCGAGAACGGUGAGCUUCAAAAGAUUCACGACUAUUGGCUCAAGAGAAAAACCUGCAGCACACAAAACUCAGACUCGGACCAACUUCAACUAGAGAGCUUUUGGGGACUGUUUCUCAUCUUUGGGGUUGCAUGUGCUCUGGCUCUCCUUAUACACUUUUGCAUGAUGAUUCGGGAGUUCAGUAAACACUAUUCUGAACAGCACGACGACCAGUCUUCUAAAAGUGGAUCCCGUUCGGUGCGAAAGUUUUUAUCUUUUGCAGAUGAGAAAGAAGAGGUAUCAAAGAGCAAGCUAAAGAGAAAGAGAGAGAUAUCCAUGUCUUACGUCAAUGGUAGAGACGUUGACUCAAGGAAUCGGUCAAACCGAAUCCAAGCCGAGUUUGAUGAAGAGUAAAAUGUGAAUAAAUCAUCAAACCAAAUGGCUAGUGCAAAGAAAGAAAGAAAUUUAGUAGUUUUGUAUAGUCAUAACAUGAAUGGAGGUGUAAUUUGGUUAAGUAUAUGAUGAAUACAGUAUUUUUAUAUCUAGAAUUAAAUACAUACAUGCUUCAUCCUUUUGAAAUUCAAAUAAAUGUUUAGUCAAA